AUGGCCCAACAGACAUCGACGAUAGUGACGGCAUCAGUCGCCGCCGCCGUUACCGGCUUGUUUGCCUACGCCGUUUACUUCGAUUACCAGCGCCGCAACAAGGCUGAGUUCCGGAGAGAGCUGCGCCGGAACGAGCGCCGACAGCACAAGGCCGAGAAGGAGGAGGCCGCACAGGAGACUGUCCGUCAGCGACAAGCAAUCAAGCAGGCCGUCGACGACGCCAAGGCCGAGGGCUUCCCCGAAGACGUCGAGUCCAGAGAGGCUUUCUUCCUGCAGCAGGUUUCCGAGGGAGAGACUCUUUCCUCAGACCCCUUGCGCACCGUUGAUGCUGCGUUGGCGUUCUACAAGGGCCUGAAGGUCUACCCUACCCCCGGUGACCUGAUUGGCAUUUACGACAAGACCGUCCCCAAGCCCGUCCUUGACGUCCUUGCCGAGAUGAUCGCCUACGACUCUACUCUCAACAUCGGCCAGUACACCGGUGGUGUCAACGCCAACCUUGGUGACAUGCCCACCGUUGGCCUGGACUAG